GUACACUCCUCCCUCCCUUCGCCCCCCUUUGUGACUUUUUCUUAACGCGAUUUUGCAAAGCGAGCGUCUGCGUUUUCUUAUAUUUGUCCCUCUCCUCUUCUCUUCUCUUCCUUCAACACUUUCCGUGGAUUUCAAUCAGGGUGAAAAUUAAUACACUAGAUCAUUGUUUCAUCUAUCUGUGAACCCAAUUCUGAGAGAGAGAGAGAGAGAGAGAGAGAGAGGAUGUUUGGUUCAAAGAAAUCUCCUUUGAAAGUUGCUAAACCUGGCUCUGUUGAACCUGUCUAUAACCCUUUUGAUUCUGAUGAAGAGAAAAAAGAUAACAAAAAGUAUAGUUCCUCAAGGAAGACUUCUCAUGAACAUGCACUAGUUUCGCAAGAGGCUAAUAACACCAACCCCUUUGAUGAUGAUGAUGUUGUUGUUGAUGCACGUGGGCACUCUUCAUCAUCUUCUUAUGCCGCGGAUCGAAACAGGUAUAAGAAUGAUUUCCGCAACUCCGGGGGAUUGGAGAAUCAAUCAGUGCAGGAAUUGGAGAGCUAUGCUGUUUACAAGGCUGAAGAGACUACAAAAUCAGUAAACAGUUGUCUGAAGAUAGCAGAGGAAAUGAGAGAAGAUGCUACCAAGACUUUAGUGAUGCUGCAUCAGCAGGGUGAGCAGAUUACAAGGGGUCACGAUGUUGCUGCUGGCAUUGAUCAUGAUUUAACUCGGGGAGAAAAGCUCUUGGGAAGUCUUGGUGGAAUGUUCUCCAAAACUUGGAAACCAAAGAAGACCGGCGCAAUAAGAGGACCUGUUAUUUUUGGAGAUGAUCCGGUCAGAAGCAAGGGAAGCCAUUUGGAGCAGAGAGAGAAGCUAGGGUUGACUUCUGCCUCUAAAGGGCAGUCAAAGCCACGGACAACACGUCCUGAGCCAACAAAUGCACUUGAAAAAGUUGAGGUUGAAAAAGGGAAGCAAGAUGAUGCCCUAUCAGAUUUAAGUGAUCUAUUGGGAGAAAUGAAACACAUGGCCAUUGACAUGGGAUCUGAAAUUGAUAGGCAUAACAAAGCCAUGGACGGUUUUGACAAUGACAUUGAAAAGUUGAACAUCCGCAUGAAUGGUGCUAAUCAACGUACUCGUCGUUUAAUUGGAAAAUAGGGGUGCAGAUCAUGAGAUUGAUUCCAACUUAUGCUAUUUCCUUCGUUCCUUGCUCCCCUACUUUUCAUUAUUCAAUUGAAGGAGCUUCAAACUUUCUACUAAACUCUUGUUUCAAAUAUUGUAAUGUACAAUCAAUCUGCU